AUCGACCCAUGGAGGCACGCCCCCGCUUUUCCAACCGCACUGACCCCGGUGAGGCCCACCAAGUGACCAGCAAUGCCUUCUAAGGUUUCCUGCUUGUACCUGCUGACGGUGGUUUGCUGGGCGAGCGCUCUGUGGUACCUGAGCGUGUCCCGGCCCUCCACCUCCUACGUGGGCCAGAUGAACAUCCCCGUCCGCAAGGCGAUCAAGCCCGGCAAGAACGGCACGUUCGGCAACAUCCGGACGCGCUCGCUCAACCCGCACGACUUCGGCUACCUCAUCAACGAGGCCAAGAAGUGCGAGGCCGAGCCCCCGUUCCUCGUCAUCCUCAUCAGCACCACCCACAAGGAGUUCGACGCCCGGCAGGCCAUCAGGGAGACGUGGGGAGACGAGAGCACCUUCGCUGACGUGCGCGUGGUCACGCUCUUCCUGCUGGGCCGCAGCACCGACGCCGUCCUCAACCAGAUGGUGGAGCAGGAGAGCCAGAUUUUCCACGACAUCGUGGUGGAGGACUUCAUCGACUCGUACCACAACCUGACGCUCAAGACGCUGAUGGGAAUGCGCUGGGUGGCCACCUUCUGCGGCAAGGCGCAGUACGUCCUCAAAACGGACAGCGACAUCUUCGUCAACAUGGAGAACCUGAUCUACACCCUCCUGAAGCCCACCACCAAGCCCAGGAGGAGGUACUUCACCGGGUACGUCAUCAACGGCGGCCCCAUCAGAGACAUGCGCAGCAAGUGGUACAUGCCUCGGGAUCUGUACCCGGAGAGCAAGUACCCGCCGUUCUGCUCCGGCACCGGGUACGUCUUCUCGGCCGACGUGGCCGAGCUCAUAUACAAGACGUCGCUGCACACCAGGCUGCUGCACCUGGAGGACGUGUACGUCGGCGUGUGCCUCCGCAAGCUGGGAAUCCACCCGUUCCAAAACAGCGGUUUCAACCACUGGAAGAUGGCGUACAGCCUCUGCCGCUACCGCCGCGUGGUCACCGUGCACCAGAUCUCCCCCGAGGAGAUGCACCGGAUCUGGAACGACAUGACGAGCAAGAAACAUCUCAAGUGUUAG